AGAUCGGAGUCAGAAAAUUGCACGGAAGAAUUAGAAACAACUAGCCCGGUGUUGGUUCAACGUAAAAUUGAAGUACGUGGAGGUAAUUACUGCGGUAAUACUUCAAACGAAACAGUGCAUCUCAAAAAGUUUGAAGAAAAAAUGAACCAUCAUUUAUCAAUAGUUAGUCAGGUGCGUAAGCCACUAAUUAAAUUUAUUGGUGCUCGACUUCCACGACCUCACUAUGAUCGGUCAGCUCUACCAUCAUCGGUAUAUGAAUCGAAAUCUUCAUCAGCGUCUGAAAUGCCGUUUUCUUCGUUGAACAUGUCACCAUCGGUUGUAAAAACUAAAGCGCAACGAAGACAAUUGAUAGAGGAUUGGCAACUACCUGUUUCUCUUCGUCGUAAACAAAUAUCCGAGGAAGAGUGUUAUGCUAUAAAUGUAGGUUUAUUUUAUAGACUGGAAAUGCUUGUUGUUAGCAAUAUCCGACGGUACCGUAUGUUGGGGACUGAAGGUAGCAUUUACAAGGCACUUUACUGCAGUACGUCCGCAACACAGCUCGAUUUGCCAAAACCGAGCCCAACAAGUAAACUUGCAGCAUUCAGGAAGGGCACAGGUGGUCGAUGCAGUUUCUCCGGGAAUGUAGUAACUGUAUUUGGUUGCACUGGAUUAUUGGGGAAGUUAUUGAUAAAUCGACUUGCCAAAGAAGGCCAUCAAAUUAUUUUACCCAGUCGACAGGAUCCUUAUUACACCCGGCACCUAAGAGUACACGGAGAACUUGGUCAAGUAUUGCUAUUACCAUUUCAACUAAAAGAUGAGGAAAGUAUCAGACAAGCCAUUAGAUACAGCAACGUAGUUGUAAAUUUAAUCGGUACAAGAUGCGAAACGAAAAACUAUUCAUUUGAAGCUACUCAUGUUGAAGGAGCACGACGAAUUGCUCGGAUUGCUAAAGAAAUGGGAAUUCAAAAAUUCAUUCACAUGUCGGCAAUGAAUGCCUCUAAAGAUACUCCACCGACACUGUUCAAUAAGCCAUCACAAUUUCUUCUUACCAAAGGACUUGGCGAGGAAGUCGUUCGUGAAGAAUUCCCGAACGCUACCAUCAUAAGACCAUCAGUGAUGUAUGGAGGAAACUACGAUGCAUUCAUUAAUUAUUUUCUGGCACUUCAGCGCAUCCCACACAGAAGUGUGAUUUACGUGUACAAGAAGGGAGAGCACACAUACAAAAUGCCCAUUUGGGUAGGUGAUGUGUCAAAAGGUGUUGAAAAAACUAUCGUAGAUCCACAUGCUAUUGGCAAAACAUACGAAUUCGUUGGGCCUCAUUGUUAUAAACUCUCUGAAUUAAUUGACUAUAUGUAUGAUCGGGCUCAUCUGUCAUCACGUUUCCCUCACCGACAUUAUCGCCGUCGAAAUCUAAAUUACUUAUACAGGGCGUAUGUAGCAGCUGUUGAGUUACCCUUCAAGUUCUUUCGCAACCCUCCACCACUAAGUUUAGAAUGGAUUCGAGUAGUUGAAUGUACAAGUGAUGUACUUACUGGAUGUCCAACGUUGGAGGAUCUUGGGAUUACUCGGCUUGUUGAAUUCGAGUUAACAGGUGGAAAGCAUGCAUACUUUUGUGUGAACCAUUAUAAUGAGGCAAAGGUCACGGAGUCAUAUCCAUUACCGCUUCGAUCUCCUCCUUUAUAUGCAAAUGUAAAACCAACUGAUGAAAUUGUGACAGAAUCGAAACCGUUUAUUGUGAGGACUGUGUAA